GAACGUUUUCUUGAAUAUUGUAUCGAAUCAACUAACACUUUUUCGUUCAGUGUACAAUCUGAAUUUUUAUUGUUUUUCUUUUUUUUAUCUCCCCACACACGAUCAGUUUUGUAAACGUCAGAAUAAAAGAGUAAUCGAAAUACAGUCCACGCGUUUUUCACUCGUCGCGAGAAAGAAAACUUUCGGUCGCACAUUUUUGGUCCUACAUCGCCGGAUAAUCGAAAAGUUACGGUCGUCGUUCUCGAUAAAGGUUCCGCCGGUCGAAUGGACGCGUAAAUGACAUCAACUCCCGUAAAAGAUCCGGAAAACAAGCUGGAAAUCUACAGCACGCCAGUCGGAGGUCGUCAGCAGCUGAAAAAGAAAAUGGCGGAAGAGCUCCAGGCGAUUGUGCUACAGCGCGGUGCCGUCAAGGGCAAAAUUACACGGAUCAGAAACGUUCUCUUCCGAUGCGAGCAAGACAACACAAUCCCGGACGAAUUCCUGCUGCGUACCCAGUUGAAGACGAUUGAUGCUGCCUACGAUGAAUUUAACCAGUUCCAGAAUAGAAUCUACGCUCUUUCGCCCGCCAGCGCGGAGGAACAGGAGCAGAAGUACGUCGAGUUUGAGGAGCUCCACAACGAUGUUCGAACCAGGGUUUGCCGGCUGCUGAGCGGUGUAAAGCAAGAGGCGAUUCAACAACCGCAGGAGGGCAUGCAAGUAGCCCAGGUGCCCCAACCAGUUCGAGUUCAAGCGACCCCGUCUCUCCACACUCCGCUGCCAACGUUCGACGGGAAACCAGAAAACUGUAUCAAGUUUAAAGCAAUUUUUCUGGACGUCAUGAGCAAGCACGCCGGCGAGUCAGAUGCAACGAAGCUUUACCAUCUUGACAAGUGUUUGGUGGGUGAAGCUUCCGGAACGAUUGACCAACAGACCAUCAACGACGGAAACUUUGCUGCUGCGAUGGAUCAUCUGACAGCCCGCUACGAAGACAAACGGAAGAUUGUUGACAUCCACAUCAGCGGGAUACUUAACCUCAAAGCUAUGACGAGCGAGAGUGGCAAACAACUACGCGAUCUGGUGGAUGAGUGCAAGCGGCAUGUUGAUGCACUCAACUUCUACGAAUUUGAGAUGGAUGGACUCUCGGAUAUCAUGGUCGUCAGUAUCCUGGCGUCGAAGCUCGAUCUGGAAACGAGGAAGUUGUGGGAAAGCAGCAUCGACCACGGUGACAUUCCGGAGUAUGCCGACAUGAUCAAGUUCCUCACAACUCGCAGCCAAGUUUUGGAGCGGAUCGAACCAGCUAGCAAGCCGAAGAAGUCCAGCAACGCUACUACGAAGACUCCUCCACUGAAGAUAUCGUCCCUGGCGGCGUCGGUCGAAUACCGAUGCAAUUUUUGUGAGCAAGGCCACCUGAAUCAUCAGUGCAGCGAUUAUCUUAAGCUGAAUCCGAAGGAACGCUACGAGAAAGCCAAGCAAACUGGAGUCUGCUAUAACUGCUUGAGGAAGGGACACGUCACUGCGCGCUGUUCGUCCAAGAAGUCAUGCAAAGCCUGCAACAAACGACAUCAUUCUACUCUCCACAUGAACACUACUCCCACGGAUGUCGUCGAGCAGACAACGGUUGCGGUACCAGCGGCAUCAAACGAGGAUUCCACGAAGCCCACUACGACGAACAAGAUCAGCGCUUCCUGUACACUCUACCAACAAAAUACACUGUUGUGUACAGCACUUGUGAACAUUCUCGACGACAGUGGCAAGGCCCAGCCGUGCCGCGUUCUGCUGGAUUGUGGUUCACAAGUGAAUCUACUGACGGAGAAAUUGGCAUCGCUACUACGGGUGAAACGCCGGAGCGUGAACGUCGAUGUCACGGGAGUGGAUGGAUCUACGACCAGGGUUUCGGCCUUGGUACACGUCGACGUACAAGCUCGGGACAAGAAAUACACAAACAACAUUGAGUGUCUGGUGAUCAAUCGGAUUACUGGAAUCAUACCUGCAAAGAACGUUGACAUUUCUACGUGGCCGAUACCGUCCGGGCUAAACCUCGCCGACCCGGAGUUUCACCGCCCUCAGCGGGUGGAUAUGUUGAUUGGAGUCGGCCACUUCUUCGGUCUUCUGAAUUCAGGUAAGGUUAAGCUCGCCGAAAGCCUGCCGUUUCUACAGGAGACAGUUUUUGGUUGGGUGGUCGGUGGCAUCGCCGACGCUACAAGCUGGAAGUAUGAAGUCACCCACUGCAACGUCGCGGUCCGUGAAGCAGAUUUGAACGAUCUCGUGGAAAGAUUCUGGGAAUCCGAGGCGGUACCCACCGCUUCCAGUCUGUCGUCUGAAGAGGCGGCAUGCGAGCAGUUCUACGACCAGACCUACAGCCGGCUCCCGAACGGAAGAUACAUCGUCAAGUUGCCUUUUCGUGACAACGUGAGUCAACUCGGCGACUCGAAGCAGCACGCUCUACUACGAUUCUCGUACCUCGAGAAGAAGCUGGCAAAAAACGCAGAACUGAAGGAGGCAUAUUGCGCUUUUAUGGAAGAGUACAGGCAGCUUGGCCACUGUCGGGAAGUCGAUCCGAACGAAGAAGAAGCUGGUGGAUUCUACCUGCCCCACCACGCUAUACUCAAACCAAGCUCGUCUACCACCAAGCUUCGAACCGUGUUUGACGCUUCGGCACAAUCGAGUUCGGGUCUGUCUUUGAACGACACUCUGAUGAUCGGCCCUACUAUCCAGGAUUCGCUCAUCGAUAUUGCUCUUCGAUUUCGAACACAUGCGUUUGUGUUCACGGCGGACAUCUCUAAGAUGUACCGCAUGAUACUGGUGCAUACUGACCACACAAAGUAUCAGCGUGUUUUUUGGAGAGCAGAUCCCGCAGAGCCACUCAAGACACUCGAGCUUUUGACCGUCACCUAUGGGACGGCGUCUGCGCCGUACUUGGCCACUCGCACGCUCAAGCAGUUGGCUCGUGAUGAAGGGCACGACCACCCUUGUGGAGCAGAAAUACUGGAAAACGACUUCUAUAUGGACGACGCACUUUCGGGUGCUGAUACCCUAGAGGAAUUGAUGCUGGCCCGCACUGAACUGGAAGAGCUACUGAUGAAGGGAGGAUUCGAGCUUCAUAAGUGGUGCUCAAACUCUGCCGAAUUUCUUGACACUGUACCAGAAGAGCGCCGAGAGAAGCGGAUGUCAUACGAAUUGGAUGGUGUAAACGAUUUGAUCAAGACUCUCGGCAUUUUGUGGAACCCUACCAGCGAUCAAUUGAUGUUUCGUAUUGCUCCCACUGAUCGGACGCAUCCGGUAUCGAAACGCUACAUUUUGUCAGAAAUAGCCAGAUCCUUCGACCCGUUGGGUCUGCAAGCACCGGUUUGUGUCACCGCUAAAUUGAUAAUGCGUCAGUUGUGGAUGAAAAAAGUAUCAUGGGACGAAGAGCUGAGCAAGGAAGUUGCAGACAACUGGAACAAAUUUCGUGAUGGUCUACGAGCUCUGAUGGAUCUACAAAUCGAACGUCGAGUCAUCGCACCCGAACGAGUUGCUUUAGAGUUGCAUGCAUUCUCAGAUGCCUCGCAAGACGCAUAUGGUACCUGCGUCUAUGUACGUAGCAUAAUGGCGGAUAAUACAGUGGAAGUUCAUCUGUUGAUCAGCAAAUCGCACUUGGCACCGAAGGCUACAAUUCCGAGACUCGAACUCUGUGGCUUUCGUCUGAUGUCAAGAUUGGUGGUCAAGUACGUGCGCACAAACGCGAAUCCUGCGGACCUUGUUUCCCGAGGUCUGUAUCCGGAGGCCCUGAUGGGAAAUCGGUUUUGGUGGCACGGUCCAGAUUUCAUUCAGCAAAGCGCUUACGAAGAAGACCCCAUGGAGGAGAUUGCCGAACUACCGGAAGUGAAGGUGGCCGCAGCAGUGGCGACUGAUGACAACGAGCUGGAGUACAACAGAGUUCUUGCGAAGUUCAGCUCUUUCCGCAAAUUACAACGGGUGAUUGCCUACGUGAUCCGUUUCGCCAACAAGACCAGGAAGCGGUUCACCGAAGGAGACUGUGGUCCGUAUCCAACUGUGGCGGAGCUGCGAUCUUCAUUACUGGCCAUUGUUUACAUGGCUCAACAACAACGGCUGCAAGCAGAUAUCCAGGAAGUCCAAAAGAAGCAGGGAACUACCGAGAAGUACGUCGGGAGACUUCGAAGCCUCAAUCCAUGGAUUGACAGUCGCGGCAUACUACGAGUGAACGGACGAAUCAAGCAUGCGAAUGUCUCAUACGAGCAGCGGUGCCCGGCGGUGCUUCCUGCCAAUCAUCAUGUCACGGAUAUCCUGAUCCAAGCGAUUCACCAGGAGAACUUGCACGUUGGACCGAAUGGAACCCUCUCGGUCCUGAGACAGCGAUAUUGGGUUCUCAACGGAAGGAGCGUGAUCCGAAAGCAGAUUAGGAAAUGCGUACGAUGCUUUAGAGUGGCCCCUCCCGAGACGAAGCUUUUCAUGGGAGAUUUACCCCGCUGCAGAGUUACCCAGGCUCUUCCGUUUGAACGCACUGGUGUUGAUUUUGCCGGACCAAUCUUCGUACGCAAAGGCAACCCACGCAAGCCUGUGUAUUACAAAGCAUACGUUGCGCUGUUUGUUUGUAUGGUCACUAAAUGCGUCCACAUCGAACUCGUAUCAAACCUAACGACAGACGCAUUCAUAGCUGCAUUGCAUCGAUUUGUCGCACGACGUGGCAUUCCGGUGCACAUGUACAGUGACAAUGCUACCAAUUUUGCUGGAUCAAGCUCGGAGCUCCACGAGCUUUACAGUCUUCUGCACCAACAGCUGACCAACGAUGCAAUCCAAGGAUUUUGCCUACCCAAGGAAAUAAGCUGGCAUUUCAUCCCCCCUCGUUCACCACACGUGGGUGGAUUAUGGGAAGCCGGUGUCAAGUCGGCUAAGUACCUGAUCAAGCGCACUGCAGGAGAUACGAAGCUGACUGAGGAAGAAUGGAGCACACUUCUGACGCAGAUUGAAGGCAUUUUGAAUUCGCGGCCGUUAGUCCCUCAGACCGCGGAUCCAGACGACUACAGCGUUAUUACACCCGGUCAUCUGCUGAUCGGUCGUCCCAUAACUGCGAUUCCCGAACCAGCCUACGACCAAAUCAAGCAUGGAACCCUCUCUAGAUGGCAACACAUUCAGAAGAUGCGCGCCGACUUCUGGAAGCGAUGGUCGGUAAAUUAUUUGUCUGAGUUGCAAGAACGUCGAAAGUGGUCCAAGCAGCACACCGUGAUCAAGGUUGGAGAUUUGGUGCUGCUCAAGGAGGAUAACGUUCCUCCACUACAAUGGCGACUUGGAAGAAUAGUGGAUACCCACCCAGGACAGGAUGCAGUAACCCGAGUAGUGACGGUGAAGACAACAUCAGGGGUUUUCAAACGAUCGACGGCUAAGGUUGCCGUACUGCCGUUGGACGACGAUGAGGAUAAGACGGAAGCUGAUUGAAUUUCCCGGAAAUCCAAUGGCGGGGGAGGAUGUUGGAACGUUUUCUUGAAUAUUGUAUCGAAUCAACUAACACUUUUUCGUUCAGUGUACAAUCUGAAUUUUUAUUGUUUUUCUUUUUUUUAUCUCCCCACACACGAUCAGUUUUGUAAACGUCAGAAUAAAAGAGUAAUCGAAAUACAGUCCUCGCGUUUUUCACUCGUCGCGAGAAAGAAAACUUUCGGUCGCA